CAUAACUAACCAGAACUGUACAUCCAUUAGAAUUCCCUGCUAAGCAACCAGAGCAAGAACACCACCAUUGCUGGUCUCAACUCAACACAAGCACUGCGAUCUCUCUUUAAGAUCGCCUUGCCUCAAAAUCUUUUUGGAAACCCUAGAAAAUCAGAUAAUUUUCCUUUGAUAAAUCAUAAUUCACUUUUUUUAGGAGAAGAAUUUUUUUUUUUUCAAUUUUGCCGUUAUAUAUAAUUUACUUUCUGCUGCUUUUUUGCUUCUUAAUUUCUAUCAUCGAUCGACUCAGAGGGACAAGAACGCAACAAGCCCUCAAUGUCUAGCCAGGGUGUAGAUAGCAGUAACAACGGCGUCACUGGCCCCAACCAAUCACGUGGUGGUGCCGGCGGCGGCAUGAAGGCAGUCGCAGUUUCGUCUCCAUGGACGCAAGUCGUGCAAGGCGAAUCUGGUGCGAUCGCGUCCGCUUCUUUAUCGCCGUCAGUGUCGUCAACGGCUGUGGCUGUGGUUGAGCAAGUUGGGGAUGAAAGUGCGGACUGUGGGACUGGCAAUGCUGGCAAAAAGUCAGCGUGGAACAAGCUGUCAAACGGGGCUCCGGAUGUUGGGACAGUGAUGGGGGCUCAUGCAUGGCCCGCUUUAUCGGAAACUACUAGGGGCUCUUCGGCAAGGUCGUCUUCUGAAUCGUUGAAAGGUUUAUCUGAUGGAUCAUCGUCAUCAUCGGUUUCGCAGGGCACUGGAACGGCAAAUUCAGCAUUUCAGAAGCAGGGUAAUAAUAAUGGAAACCCUAAUUCAACUUCAAACUAUACAGCCCGGACACGCCAAAGAUCUAUAAAGCGUAAUGGCGCCGUUUCUUUUUCAAACGGUGACCUUACUGAUCAAUCAGCCCUGCAGGGUCCUGCUGUUGAAGGUCCCAUAAACAAUCACUCUCCAAGAGAUCUUUCCCAGCAACGUGGUUCAUUCAGGAAUCGCAAUGGUAAUUCACAUCCUGGUAGAGAUGGUUCUCAACAUCCCAAUUAUGGAGGUAGACGUGAUCAUGACCGUGGAAAUCAAGAUUGGAAUGCUCACCGAAAUUUUAAUAGCAGAGAUGGCCACAUGCAGCACCAGAGGGUGGUGCAAAGGUUUGUUAGGCAUCCGCCUCCGCCGCCACCACCACCAUUAGCAAGUUCUAGCCAAUAUAUUCCACCCCUCCCAGUGCGCCCUUUUGGCAACCACAUUGGCUUUCCUGAGUUCCCAUCGCCUGCAUAUUAUGUUCCAGCUCCUCAUUCAGAGGCACUUAGGGGUGUGCCUUUUGUUGCACCACCUCCACUGCAUGCUUUGUUUUUCCCAGCUUUGGACCCUCAUUUGCAUUCUAGCAUAGUUAAACAGAUAGAUUAUUAUUUCAGUAAUGAAAAUUUAAUUAGAGAUACAUACUUGCGGCAGAACAUGGAUGACCAGGGUUGGGUUCCUAUUACUUUAAUCGCAGGCUUCAGGAAAGUUUCCCUGUUAACUAAUAGUAUCCAACUGAUUUUGGAUGCAUUGCGAAGUUCUACUGUUGUAGAAGUACAGGGUGACAAAAUAAGGAAACGAAACGAUUGGAUGCGUUGGAUAAUACCUCCAGGUCAAUUUUCUGGUGUUCCAAGCGGAAAGUCUAGUCAAGAUAAAUUGGCUUUUAGCUUCCGAAAUCUUUCAUUGGAACAGAAGAAUGCUAACCACAAUAAUGCUACAAGUAGGUCAUCAUCUGGGGAUUUAAGUGUGGAGACAGUUCAAGGGGUUACAGAUCUAUCUAAUUCAGGGGAUUUGAGUAUGGGGACAGGUCAUGGGGGUCCAGAUCGAUCUAUUUCGGCUGGAAAUGCAAAUUAGUAGAGUUGGCAAGGGGUACAAUAUCGAGAGGGUUUUGAAGAAAGCUAUCUUUUUGAAUGUAGUGGUUUUGCCUUGGAGUGACGGAAGCUAAUUGUCAUGAGUCUUCUGAGUCAAAUAGAAACUAUAAAAAUCAGAAUGAAAAAAAAAAAAAAAAAAGAAACUGAGGAGAAAUAAGAGGGAAAAAAACUGACAUGAAUGCACUAGUAUAGUAGCAUGAGUUUAUUUUAUGUAUUGUUUUCUUGGGCACUCCCAAUAUGGUGGCAUGUCAUGUCAGUGUUUUGGUUGGGAUUGUCUUUGGUCAAAUUAUGCCCCAACAGAGGAAGGUGGCCUUAGGUGGAUGAUGCAUCUCAGCUCAUGUUACCCCUUUGCUCUUUCUUGUUUUUUUUUUUUAGGAUUUUUUUUUCCGGGUUAAUUAAACAUAGCAUCUAUAAUUUUAUUCAUAUACAUUCUUUAUAGAGAUUCUAUUUCAUAAAGUGGUCUUGGUUACAAACCCGAGUUACAUUUUAAUUAAUUAUAUGGAGCUCUGCUUUGGAACUUAUUGAAA